AUGUGUGGAAUUUUCGGCUACGUGAAUUAUCUCGUAGAGAAGAACCGCAAGGAGAUUCUCGACACCCUCCUCAAUGGGCUUUCGCGUCUAGAUUAUCGUGGUUACGACUCAGCUGGGCUCGCAAUCGACGGUGACAAAAAGAAAGAAGUGUUCAUCUACAAAGAAGUCGGGAAGGUCGCAGGCCUGAGGAAGCUUAUUACCGAGGAGAAGCCCGAUCCCACUAAGACCUUCGAAUCUCACGCUGGUAUUGCACACACUCGUUGGGCGACUCACGGAGUACCAUCGCGAACCAACUGUCAUCCCCAUAGGUCUGAUCCUACCUCAGAGUUUGUUGUUGUUCACAAUGGCAUUACAACAAACUACAAAGAGCUGCGGAGACUCCUCGCGAGCAAGGGCUUCAAGUUCGAAACUGAGACCGAUACUGAAGCUAUUGCCAAGUUGGCUAAAUACAUCUACGAUGAAAAUCCAACCAUCGAGUUCACCACGCUCGCCAAGGCUGUUAUCCAGGAGCUUGAGGGCGCAUUCGGUCUGCUCAUAAAAUCCGUUCACUACCCUCAUGAGGUUAUCGCCGCCCGCAAAGGCUCCCCGUUAGUUGUUGGGAUACGAUCCCAGGGCAAAAUGAAAGUUGACUUCGUUGAUGUCGAAAGUGCUCAUGAGGAUAUCAUGACUGCCGAGACGGCAUCUCAAAGCCUAGCAGUGAACAAGUCUCAGGGACUGAGUCCAGGCGGCGCUGCUCUUGGCAACUCGCUCGCACCCCCAGACAAGGGCUUUCUUCACCACUCGCAAUCGAGGGCAUUCCUGUCGGACGAAGGGGUACCCAUGCCAGCAGAGUUCUUCCUAUCUUCCGAUCCAGCUGCUGUCAUUGAGCACACUAAGAAGGUAUUGUAUCUCGAAGAUGAUGAUAUCGCUCACAUCCACGACGGCCAGCUCAACAUUCACCGUAUCUCGAAAGACCUUGGGACGUCUAGUGUCCGUGCUAUCCAAACGAUCGAGCUCGAAUUGCAAGAAAUGAUGAAAGGUAACUUCGACUACUUCAUGCAGAAAGAGAUCUACGAACAACCAGAAUCCAUCGUCAACGCGAUGCGAGGUCGUCUCAAUGCCGAGAAAAAGACCGUGACCCUCGGCGGCUUAAGACAGUACCUCUCGACCAUCAGACGCUCCCGCAGAAUCAUCUUCAUCGCCUGCGGCACCUCGUACCACUCGUGCGUCGCAGUUCGCGGGAUCUUCGAAGAAUUGACCGAGACACCAAUUGCUGUUGAACUAGCUUCUGAUUUCCUCGACAGACAAGCUCCCGUCUUCCGCGAUGAUACAUGCGUUUUUGUCUCUCAGUCUGGUGAAACAGCCGACUCCCUCAUGGCUCUACGAUACUGUCUUAGUCGCGGUGCUCUAACCGUUGGUAUUGUCAAUGUUGUCGGAUCCUCAAUCUCCCUCUUAACUCACUGCGGUGUCCACAUCAACGCUGGCCCUGAGAUCGGCGUUGCGUCGACCAAGGCCUACACUUCCCAAUUCGUCUGCAUGGUCAUGUUCGCCUUGGCACUUAGUGAAGACCGCACAAGCAAGCGCCAGCGCCGUAUAGAUAUUAUGGAGGGGCUAGCCAACACAUCUGAGCAGAUAAAGGAGGUACUCAAGCUGGAUGAGAAGAUCAAGAACCUAUGCAUGAAAUUCAAGGACCAGAAAAGUUUGUUACUCCUCGGUCGCGGUAAUCAGCAUGCCACUGCUCUUGAAGGCGCCCUCAAGAUUAAAGAAAUCUCCUACCUCCACUGUGAAGCCGUCCUGUCCGGCGAACUCAAGCACGGUGUUUUAGCUCUUGUUGACGAGGCACUACCCCUCGUCAUGAUUCUCACACGCGACGACAACUUCUCCAAGUCGCUGAAUGCCUACAACCAGGUUGUUGCGCGGAACGGUCGGCCCAUCGUCAUCUGUAAUACUGGUGACCCCGAGUUUCCUAGCGACAAGACCGAUAGGAUUGAGGUCCCUCGCACUGUGGAUGCGUUGCAGGGUCUGUUGAACGUGAUUCCUCUGCAGCUCAUGGCUUAUUGGCUGGCUGUCGCUGAGGGGCUGAAUGUUGAUUUUCCGAGGAAUUUGGCUAAGUCUGUUACAGUUGAGUAG